GUUACCAUCUUCCAUUGGGACUUGCCUCAACCCCUGCAAGACCUGGGUGGCUUCACCAAUGACAUUAUUGUGGAUUUCUUCCAAGACUAUGCUGAUUUUGUUUUCCAAACGUUCGGAGAUAGGGUGAAGUGGUGGCUUACGCUGAACGAGCCAUGGACAACGUGCGUGGAGGGCUACGGCAACGGAGGAAAGGCUCCGGUCGUCCUGGCAGAAGGAAGAGGCGACUACCUCUGCGCGCACAACUCCCUCAAGGCGCACGCCAGAGCCUAUCGGCUGUACGAAACCAAGUACAAACAGAGCCAACAAGGAAAGGUUGGAUUCGCAGCGAACUCCGACUACUUUUGGCCCAAAGACCCCAACAACGCAGACGACGUCGCGGCCGCGCAGCGCUGGAUGCAGUUCAACUGGGGCUGGUUCACGCACCCUGUUUUCAGCAAGGAAGGGAACUAUCCGCAGGACAUGAUCGACUACAUCGACGCUGCAAGUACAAAGCAAGGGCUUGCGAGAUCUAGGUUGCCCAAGUUUACCGCAGAAGAAAUUGAAAUGAUUAAAGGUAGUGCUGACUUCUGCGGAGUGAACUCGUACACAUCGACAGUGGUGGCGCAGCUGCAGCCCUCCGAUCCCCAGCCUGAAGUGGGCACGCGGGCCAGUGACGCGGCAAUCGUCACAUCGCGUGACCCCAGCUGGGAAGCAACCAUUGCACCGUGGCACUAUGUGGUACCCACGGGUUUGAGGAAGCUACUGAACUGGAUCAGGACCGAGUACGACAACCCUAACGUCAUUAUCACAGAGAACGGGUACCCGGACAGCGGACAGCUGAAGGACGUUAACCGCGUCAGAUAUUACAGAUUAUACAUUCUCGAGCUACUGAAGGCCAUGACGGAAGACAAAUGCAACGUGUUCGGAUACACUGCCUGGAGCCUCAUGGAUAACUACGAGUGGUUCUACGGCUAUGCCCAUAAGUUCGGCAUCUACCACGUCGAUUUCGAAGACCCAAAUCGGCCGCGCACACAAAAGAUGUCUGCCAAAUUCUACCAGCGCUUGAUUGCGACGCGGAAGGUCCCGAGGGACGGCGACAUCGUCUUUCCCGACGACCCAACCAGCACCGCGCGCCCUGCGACCACCGCGCGCCCGAACACGUCUGCAACUCGAGCUGCGACUAGCACCGCGCGCUCGGCUACUGAUGCACUUCCCAAUUCGUCUGCCUCCAUCGGCGGCGUGAUGACAUUGGUGUUAGUUGCAACUCUUCUCUCUCUGCUAGGGUGCUAGCUUCCUUUUGCAGACGCCCUUUGAGCGAAAAAUUCAAACCGAAAGGUUGCUCCAAAUGAGAUGUAGGUUAACAAGUCAUGCAUCUCGAUGCAUGUUUGCACCCUCGGGUUCCUAUUCAAAAGAUCUAAUCUUCUCGUGUCCGGAUUAAAGAUUCAUACUGAUCCUCUCCGUAGAAAGAACCUUAUCCUAAACGUUAGCUUAUUUCGUCUAGUUUAACCAUUGGGACCGGAUAAGAAAGAGAGUAAGCGGAAAACAUUUCUGCAAGCACUAAGGUUUGUGUGAAUAACCUCACGAUUCCUUUUAGUAGCUGUCCCGAAUGAAACUUGCGUUUCAGACAAUGUAAUAUGAGUAAGGUCAGAAUGGGAACUUUCAUCUGGAAAUUGUUUGAGAGAAAUGAUGCAGCUCAAAUUAAUAUUUAGUAGUUACGUAAUCUGAAAAUAAACAUGAAAAUAAUGGUUAAAAUCUUGCACAAAGGUACCGCAACGGGUCUUCUUAAGGUUCCCCAAGUAGCGCACCUGACGGACACACCCACGCUUCGAGAAAGAGGAACUUCUACUGAGACCCCAUUAACAGCUGAGGAAGUGCAUUGGGAAUUACAAUUUGCAGCCGCAACCUGAAAUUGAGACCUGGCUAUGUCUGAAUGUUAAUACUUUCGUUCGCAGACCAGGGCGAGCGCCAAACUUGUUCAACUGUAGAGUAUGAAAUGUAGAGAAAACAAUUCAUAAAUAAAUAUAAGACAGUUCUUUUUUUUUAAA